AUGACAAAUACUAAUGUUGCUGCUACUAACAUUAGCCUCCUCAGUGCAUGGUGGAUGAACAAGAACCUACGAUUCAAUAUUGCGAUGGGUAGCAUCAUUAUGAUCCUCAACAUUAAAGCGAUCUUUUAUAUUAAAACACAGAAGAUUUCUGUUGACAUAGAUCAUGCACCGCUUUUGCCACUUUUCACUUUUUCGUAUAUUGUUGGCGACCUAUUAAGUUGCUUGUUUUGGGUUUCGGCAAUUACGGAGGUGAAAGAUUGUCAAGGAGCCUACGUCUGUGGACUCACCGGUCACAUCACUGGCUUCGUUGUUUUCAUACACCUCCUCUCUUUUAUUUCUUCUCAAUCGGCUCUAUACGUCGGUUUGAUCUUCGGACUUUGUAUGCUACCGUUUGUCGCCGUCAUGAUGGGACCGUGUCUAUCGUCUUGCGUGCAAGAAGUACAAGAUUGGUGGGAGUUUGUGAAUCAACCAGGGGGUUAUCCAAUAAGUCAAAGUUCAAUCGAAAGCCUAGGAGUUUGUAGUACUGCUACUACUAACCCUAGCCUACUCCGUGCAUGGUGGAUGAAUAAGAACCUACGAUUCGAUGUUGCGAUGAGUAGCAUCAUUAUGAUCCUCAACAUUGGAGCGAUCGCCUAUCUAGUUGCAUAUUAUGGGCUUUGGGAAUUACGGAGUUCGGGUCUUUUGGACAAUGCCAUCAAUAUCCGAGGCGGCGCAGGUUCUUCGUCAGAAGAGAAACCAUCGAAGAAUGUUGUUUCUUGCCUGCAACGUUGUAUGACAAUGAAUGACUUGACGAAGAAGGCAUCAGGGUUUGAGAACCUAGAGGAGUGGACUGUAGAAGAUGGAUUCAUGUUCAAAGACAAAGCUGGUCUAUGGUGGUGA